UUGAAACCCCAUGCAGCUUUGCUUAGAAAUAGCUGUGCUGAAAAUACUACAGAAUAGGUCUUCUGUCUUCAAUAAUGAUAUACAGCCUAUGCAGGUGUGGAUACAAUUUGAGCAACCAUUGGCAUAAUUAGUCUAAAUGUGUGACGUGCGCUGUUAUCGUGUUGUGCUCGAGGUCUGCACCUGUUCACUAGGAUACUGAAACCCGCGGUGAGUGUUUUGUAUGCGUAGGGAAACAUCACUUUGUUUUGACAUUUUAAACCCUUUUACUUGCRUUAACUACAUGGCGCGUUAUUUCUACCGAAUAUUUACAGUGAAGGCUGGUUUAGCAGUUACUAGGAGUUAUGCCAUCUAGACCCGUGAACGGCUUUGUUCAGACCAGUGAUAUUCGGUGAAGAAGGCACGAAGCUAUAGCCAAGUCAUAGUGUGCAGUUCCAACUGCGAUGUUCGGCCAGUCACCUCACGUUCUUGGAGGCAUCUUGUGGAUUCAGAAUCCAAUGAGAGCUGUCCACUGCAACCUGAGCCAGAAUGGGAUCGACCACCAGAUGAUGUGCCCGGACGACGUGACCUCACACCUGGAGGAGCAGCCCCUGGACCAAGGCGCCAUGCUGGAUGACGACAGCCCCGGGUACCAGCGCCACUCACCGCCCCGGCGCUCCGUCUCCGAGUCAGAACUCUCACGGCCGGGGAACGUAAAGCUGUCCAAGCCGGUGGCCCUGUGGACCCAGCAGGACGUGUGCAAGUGGCUGAAGAAGCACUGCCCCAAGCAGCACCAGAUCUACAGCGACUCCUUCAAGCAGCAUGACAUCACAGGGCGGGCUCUGAUGAGAUUGACGGACAGGAAGCUGGAGCGAAUGGGCAUCAUGCAGGAGGGCCAACGGCAGUACAUCCUCCAGCAGGUCCUGCAGCUCCGCGUCAGAGAAGAGGUCCGCACCCUGCAGCUACUCACGCAAGCCUCUCUGGAGUGUUCUCCGUAGCCCAGGCGUUCUAGGAAACCAGCUGCCAACAGGACCCGGUCUCCCUCCGAUCCUGGGCUUCCUACGUCUGACCCUUGACCUCCUCCCACCACCAAUCAAAGCCGUCCUAACCCCAACCUCAUACCUAACUCCAAUCUAAAUCCCAACCUUGAUUUUUAACCCCAUGCUUAAUCUCAAACCUUCAAACAAGUCAAGUCAUUGGCCUGUCCAGUGACUUAUCACAGACAGACAAUCAUUUUCUUGCCUUUAACCGUUUCCACUACAUUUGUCCCUAUCCCAUCCCAACUCUCUUACCCCUUCUGAAUUACCACAACCCAACACCUGUCUCCCAGGACUCUAUUCUGAGAACAAGCAUCAAAAAUGUAUCCAUCCUCGACUGACGAUCCCACUACAAGGACUGUGGAGAACAAUGAGAGAACAAACACGUCAAAGGUGGCGUCCACUUCCAACAACCUUCUCACUGUAUAGUAAAUCCUCCAGUGUAGGACCGGCAUUAAAUGUGAAUAGUACCCCCACGAUACACCACUGAGCCGGUGUGUAACAUUCUAGAGGCUUCUAAUGGUGACUUUAGAGACAUUGGGUACACCAGCCUUUCUCUCUCUCUGUCCUCACCGACUAUAUCGCCAGAGCAGUGAGAGGGCCCUACAUUUUGCAUUCCCUUCCCCUCUCUGUCCCUCUUUUUCUGACUGUUGUCCGCAUUGAUUCUGUGUCAGAGUUUGGGCUUGCCUGGUGAAAAUUACAUCUGUUGUCCUAUCUGUCUGUCCUCGCACCUUCCCCUCCUUCACUUUGUGGGUCGCUUUCUCAGCGCGGUCAGCAAGCCUUCACUGUGAGUACGUCCAGGUGUGGCAUGAAGAGGGAGAACCUGGCAAACCAAAAGGUAGUAAAUGUGAUGGUGAAAAGACCUGGCAACCCAUUAAGGAUGAAAUGUGAUAGUGAAAAGACCUGGCAACCCAUUAAGGUUGAAAUGUGAUAGUGAAAAGACCUAGUGACUCAUUAAGGAUGAAAUGUGGUGGUGAAAAGACCUGGCAACAUA